AUGGAUGAUGGAAAACGAUGCAGGAAGCAUCAGAAUUCAGCAAAAGUCGCGAAGAAAAUGGGAAAAAGUAAAACACAACAACAGGAGGAACAACGUAAGGAAGGAGCACAUCUUAAAGGGAGAAUAGAAAACUACGGUACUUUGAAACCCUGUAUGUCCGACAGAGAUGAGGGUGAUGGUGAAUCUGUGCCUGAUAGCCCCAGUGAAGAUAAAGAGUCACCUGUAGCAGAAAACGAUAAAAGCCAAAAAAAUUUUAAUGUCAGCAUAGAACUGGAUGUGAUGGCUGUAAUUUUGUUUGUUUGUGGUGUUGCUACACGAAUGUACAGGCUGGAAGAACCAAGGAGUAUAGUUUUUGAUGAGCUUCAUUAUGGGAAGUAUGUGAGCCUGUACAUGAAACGCAUUUUUUUCUUCGAUGCUCAUCCACCACUCGGAAAACAGCUAGUUGCUGUUGCAGCAUAUUUGGCUGGUUUUGAUGGAAACUUUAAGUUUGAUCGUAUUGGGCGAGAAUAUGAAGAUUCAGUACCUUUAUUUGCACUGAGAUUUGUACCUGCAUUGUGUGGCAGUCUCCUCAUGCCUGUUGUGUACCACCUGAUGAUUGAAAUGGGUGUGUCUCAUUGGACUGCAGCAUUAGCUGGCUUUUUGCUGUUGUGUGACAAUGCCUUACUGACACAGUCAAGGUUUAUCCUGAUGGAAUCAAUGCUAUUGCUGUUUGCUUUGUUUGGGCUUCUCUGUAUUCUGAAGUUUCGACACUACAGCACAGCCCCUUACUGUGUGCAAUGGUGGUUGUGGCUUAUUAUGGGUUCUGUCUCUCUCACAUGUGCCUUGUGUGUGAAGUAUGUGGGGUUCUUUUCAUGUUCUCUUGCAAUGGCAAUACUUGCACAAGAUUAUUGGAAGCUGCUUGGGAACAGGAAGCUGUCAGAUUCAGCAAUUGUGUUCCAGUUACUGGCCCGAUUAAUAGUCGUUAUUGGAGUGCCUGUGGCGAUAUAUCUUGGGAUAUUCUAUGCUCAUCUCUCAGUGCUUACAUUAGCUGGACCACAUGACAGUGUAAUGUCAAGUGCCUUCCAGGCUAGUCUUGAGGGUGGCCUGGCAUCGAUAACCAGAGGACAGCCACUGGAAGUGGCACACGGUUCUCAAGUUACACUUCGUCACUCUCACGGAAGAACCUGCUGGCUGCACUCUCAUGCCCACGUGUAUCCAAUACGUUACCCAGACAAGCGUGGCAGCUCUCACCAGCAACAAGUUACUUGUUAUUCAUUCAAGGAUGUCAACAAUUGGUGGAUUGUAAAGCGUCCAUUAAGGAAUGACCUUGUGGUGUCACAGCCUGUAGAUGCCAUUCGACAUGGAGAUGUUAUUCAACUUGUCCAUGGAAUGACAAGUCGCGCUUUAAAUUCGCAUGAUGUUGCUGCUCCAAUGUCACCACAAAAUCAGGAAGUGAGCUGUUACAUCGAUUACAAUGUGUCUAUGCCUGCUCAGAACUUGUGGCGAGUAGAUAUUAUCAACAGAGAUCAAGUUGGGGAUGUCUGGCAUACGAUUGAGUCUCUAGUGCAUCUUAUCCAUGUGAAUUCGAGCCAAGCCCUGAAAUUUAGUGGACGUCAGUUACCAGACUGGGGCUUCAACCAACACGAAGUUGUCACAGACCGAGCCAUUCAUCAAGACGAUACUGUAUGGAAUGUCGAAGAACAUCGGUACACACAAACUGAGGAUCAGAAAGAUAGAGAAAGGGAACUCGUAAAUGCAGAGAUGAUACCUCUGCGAGCCACAACACUUUCCUUCUGGGAAAAGUUUCUAGAACUUCAAUACAAGAUGCUAUUCUCAGAUCAAGAAAAUGUUCAGAACCAUAUGUACAGCAGUGAACCACUUGAGUGGCCCUCGAUGACUAGAGGUAUCGCAUAUUGGGUGAGCCCGCACAGCAAUGCUCAGGUGCAUCUACUUGGAAAUCUUGUUGUGUGGUAUUCAGGCACUGUUAGUCUAUUACUUUACGCCAUUUUCCUCUGUGUGUAUGUUUUACGAAGAAGACGUCAGUGCUAUGAUCUGAACAAAGAUGCAUGGCACAAAUUUGUCACUAUUGGUGAAAUACUUCUUGUAGGUUACCUGUUUCAUUACAUACCAUUCUUCUUUGUGGAAAGGACACUUUUUCUGCAUCACUACUUACCUGCAUUUACCUUCAAAGUGCUAUUGACAGCUGCUAUGGUAGAACAUAUGCUAUAUUUUGUGAGGAGACCAUACCCUCACAGUGGAGAGGAAGUUGAAGAAAUCCUCAAUAUCCAUGCCAGGCCAGUGGAUCCUUACAGCCUGGGGCAGAAUCCCGAGUGACUCUGUUGCAAUAAGUUUCAAAAAGUGCUACCAAUCCAUAGCUAUGGAUGGCUCAGAAGAUGACAUAGGCCUAUUAUGGAGGGAGUGUCAGGAAGGAAGAAAUGGCAGUAGGCUUACAUAUGAAGAGGAUGAUACCACUGAUGAUAGUGAUGAUAAAAAGUAGUGAUACCACAAGCUCCUGGCUUCAGUAGUAGGCAGAAAAGGGAAGUGAAGAUAAAAGUUAAUGUAAACCAUUUAUUUUUGUUUAUUUUAUUUCUCCUGAUACUAUUAAAUGUAGUUGAUCAAUAAAUUGCAUAAAUUAGAACAGAUAUAAUGUUGACUUUUCUCGACAGAUUAUUUACAUUGAUAAAAGUUCGUUAUACGGAUUUGUUAAAAAUGAAAUUUUCUUGAGGAGAGCUGUCUUAUAGUUUGGUAAAUAUGGCAACUGGUAUUUCUCAAUCAGUUCCUGAUGCUCAGUCUCUAUCCCCUGAAAUUGGUGUGUAGGACGAGAAUGUCCAAGCUUAUUCUGGUACUGGCAAGGAGGGGUGGCAGAUCUACCUGCCAACAGAUCAAGCACCAUCAGCACAGGGCCGUGAAACUGAGAUAGUCCAGCCGAGGUCUGUAGGAGUAGUGGAGGAAGCAGCACUCCAGAGGCAGCAGGCUGUGCUAGUAUGACAGUGACAGAGAGACCAGCGAGUGUGGGCUCAGGUUGUAAUGGGGCAUGGGCUACAUUGUGUAAUUGCAAGGAGCACAGAUGGUGGUGGCUCCAAUGCUCGAUCCAGAAGUGAGAGGGACACCGAUUGCGACUGUGGUCACAGUCAGAGCUGGUUGCGAUGGUGGGUCAGAAGGCUGUGGCCGGCCGUGCAGUCAAACAGCUGAUGGCCCCUAUGGCCUACAAUGAUUUGAUAGGGGUGGUCUGAUAGGAGGUGAGGAAGCUGUGGAGUACUCCAUCGGUAGAUGACAUCAGCAAGGCCUUCCACAUCUGUGCUUUAAAAGUAUGGAUCAUCUGCCCGGCCUCUGCAUUGGAAGUGGGGUGAAAUGGGGCAGCAGUCAGGUAUUUGAUGCUGUUUUGGUGAGACAAGGCCUGAACUGCAGUGACAUCAGUUGGGAACCGAUGUCUGACAGCAGAGUUUAUGCACUCCAUGGGUGGCUAAUGUCAUUGGCAAGGCACAUUCAGUAGCACGGGUGCUAGUGGAAGGCAUCUGCACUAUCACCAUCACCACCACCACCACCACCACCACCACCACCAGCAGCAGCCACUUAACUGCCUGAAACAGUCUGGCAGAAUCCUAUGGGUGGUCAGGACAGCCAUGACGAGAAAUAUUGCCUGGGGGCCGUUUGGUUGAGGGAACAGGCACGAAAGGAGAGGCAUGCCGCAUACAAUGUCAGCGUCUAUGUUGGGUGUAAUUCUCAUUAACGUUUUUCAUUUAUUAAUUUUGCAGCUGUUGGAUUCGAGUAUGAAAGCUUCACAAAGAAUACACUUUGCUAAUAAUUGCACUUGAUCAAGUGCCUAAUAUAAACCCAUUUUUUUAUAAUUUAUGAAAAUCAAAGUUUUUCAGUCAUAAAAUGGAAUAAUAUCACUUUGAAUGAGUAACAGUACAGACCAUAUUAUUUUAUUGUAUUGAAUGAAAAACAAAUCAUAAAUUACUUUUACCCUACCAACUGACAUAAUACUUUCAAAGUCAAAAUCAACUCGUUAACAAAUUUCUUCAAAUAAUUAAUGUGUGAUGCGGUUUCUUACAAAAGCCUAACGACACCCGAAUACAUGGACAAGACCAAUAGUGCUUGUGUAUAGUUGACGUUGACUAGUAAGGCAGUUCCCCCAACAGAAAGAGGGUGGGCGCAGCUUUGAAAGUUCCGGAAACCAGCAGUGUGUAAGGAUUAUGAUUUACUACAGCGUAACACCAAUUAUAUCAGUACCCCCCCCUAGCCAAACAGAAUUUUUCCAAAAAUAUUCCAGAAAAAGUUUUUGAAAACUCAAAAAGAAACUUUAAAUCCCAAAGAAAGUUAUGAAUCAAUAACAAGAUCCCCAAAGAAACAUGCAACCUCGUGCUAAUGAACAACCGAGCAAUGGCUCCCUCCUCCUGAAUCAUCACACUGUAAUAUGAUAGAAAUAGCAAGCACAUUUUACAUUGUCUCCCUCUAAACCUAAAAUUAAAAUUUGUUUGCAUUUUAUUUGAAAAUGUGGUAAGUAGACAUGGGAUGUAUGCAGAAGAUCAAAUUGGUUAUACAGGGGGUCCCAGGAAGAACGGUCAGUGUAGAGGGAUGUGAUGGGACCAAUGAUUCAAAGGAAAAUCUAGUAAACAUGGGCUCUAAAAUGCAUAACUUAAGAACAGUGAGCUCAUGUUCAUCUUUGCUAAUGUGAAGCACAUCUCUUCUACCGAACCAAGUGCUGAAUAUUGACUGUUCUUCCUGGGACACUCAGUAUGAGUAACAUCAUACUUUACUACUGUAAAGGCAUCUUCAUGUAAAUCGUUAAAUGUUAUGCAUGCAGGUUGUGUGAAAAACAUUGUCAAUGCAAAAUAAUUAGAUCUUAAACAACUCAGAACAUUGUAUAUCUUCCCAUUAUCCAGCUCAACAUCACUAAAAAUGUUAUCUAUCACUCCAAUAGUAUGACUUCUGCGUCCUUCAGAUAUGUUUCCAAAGGCUCAGCAAAUAUAGAAGCUACUUCAAAUAUCCCCACGGGCAAAUAUUAGUCAGACUAUGCAAGAGGAAUGCACCCUCUCAGGGCAUUUAGACAAAUUGAAGCAAAUGAAGGCAACAUAUAUACAGUAAAACUUCGUUUAUACGUUUUUCAAUGGACUGCAGGAAAAAAAAUGUGUAAGUGUGAAAAACAUGUAUAUGAAAUAUAGCACCAUACUAUCAAAUUAAUUGGUAAACACAAAUGAAAAAUCCAGUAAUUAAAAAGUUACAACAUUAUAUAGGCUUACUAGAUUCCAUACUUAACAAGAAUAUAAAGAAAAAUGAAACCUCUAAACGUCAUUUUGUAAAAAAAGUCUGUAGAUUUUGCUUCUUUUUUCUUUGACGCAGCAGUAGCAUACACUGUACCCUCAAAACAGGAUAACUCUGUCAUUAUUUUGUCAGAAACAUUGAAGGAGGAGUAUGUGAAGGCAAAUAAAUUUAAUAUGUACUGCAGUCAUGAAAAAUUUUUAUUUCCACACAGGUUGUAGAUUUUCUCAUUUAUAUUCUCGGGGGCAUAUCCAGGCCGUACUUCACAGCUAAUAGCAUCCGGGUGUUUUUUUUUAAGCUCAAAUUUUUUAUUCUGGUUUUGUGUUUAGGAUGUCAUAAGCUACACAGUGCUUCAUCUAUCUCAGAAUAUUUCUAUCAAUUCCAUUAUACAUGCGACACACCAUGUAAAUUUAGGAGUCAUAUUGAUAAACAUUGUGUGUCAGACAGCUGCAGCUAGUGAUCUAAGUGAUUGAUUUCUCC